AUGCUUCGAAAAGAUAAUUCACGAAUUCCAAAAAGAAUUAAAAAAUUUGAUAAUAGCAAACCUCAGGAGGAAUCAAUUUCAGUUCAAAAAAAAAAUUUGUUUAUUAUAUCAUAUCCAGUUGUAUUUUUGUUUGUCAUAUUUAGAUCAAUUUUACAUCACUUGUUUCUUUUACUCAAAGCAUUAGGAACGUUAAUUACUUCAAAUAAAUUUAAAUUUAAAAGUAAUUCGGAAAAAAAUAAUAAAGAAGGAGUUAUUAAUGACGCAGUAAAAGAUGAAACUUCAAUUGUAGAAACAGAAAAAAUGUCUAAUAUUAACAAACAUCAAUUAGGACCUGGAGAUCCGUUAUUGGUUAAACAAAAGCAACAUCAUCGUCGUGCUUUUGAAUACAUUUCAAAAGCUCUUAAAAUCGAUGAAGAAAAUGAUGGUCAUAAAGAUUUAGCCAUUGAAUUAUAUAAAAAAGGAAUAUUGGAAUUAGAGAAAGGUGUCGCUGUCGAAUGUAAUGGAGGAAAAGGAGAACUUUGGGAAAGAGCUCAAAGAUUACAUGAAAAAAUGAAAACUAAUUUAUCAAUGGCUAAAGACAGAUUAGAAUUCCUUUCUUCAAGUCAGAAAAUUUUAACUGAAAAAAGACCUAGCCUUCAGGGAACUAGAAGCCAUACAUUACCAAGAAAUAUGGGAUCAAGAUCAAAUCCCAACAUUGGAGGAUCAGCAAGUAGAUCCUAUAAACCAGCAUCGACACCUCCUGCUGUUAAACGUCAACUUUCCGGUCCAGGUAGUUCACCAGUUCAUAAACCUGGUAACACUACAAAAACUAAACCUGGGCAAAAAAUUCAGAAAGCUGAAUGUUUAAAAGGAGUAAAUUCGAAACUUGCUCAUACAAUUUUAGAUGAAAUUCAAGAUAAUGUGUGUGGCGUAAAGUGGGAUGAUAUCGCUGGUCAGCAUGCUGCUAAACAAGCAUUGCAAGAAAUGGUCAUCUUGCCUUCUCUUAGACCAGAAUUAUUCACAGGUCUGAGAACUCCUUCUCGAGGUUUACUAUUGUUUGGACCUCCUGGAAAUGGUAAAACGUUACUAGCCAGAGCAGUUGCCAGUGAAUGUAAUGCCACAUUUUUUUCCAUUAGUGCUGCCAGCUUAACUUCUAAAUAUGUUGGAGAGGGAGAGAAAUUAGUGAGGGCUUUAUUUGCUGUCGCAAGAGAAUUACAACCAUCAAUAAUAUUUAUUGAUGAAGUAGAUUCGUUAUUGUGCGAAAGAAGAGAAAACGAACACGAAGCGAGUAGACGACUUAAAACAGAAUUUUUAGUCGAAUUUGAUGGACUUCCAUCGAGUCCCGACGAAAGGGUUUUGGUUAUGGCGGCAACAAACCGACCGCAAGAAUUGGAUGAAGCCGCGCUAAGGAGAUUUUCGAAAAGAAUUUACGUGACAUUACCCGAUCAUUCCACUAGGAAAGAAUUAUUAAAACAUUUAUUAUCAAAACACGAUAAUCCGUUAAGCGAUUACGAAUUAGAAAAAUUAGCAAAUUUAACGGUUUCAUAUUCCGGAAGCGAUUUAACGGCUUUAGCUAAAGAUGCUGCUCUGGGACCUAUCAGAGAAAUAAGCGCGGAACAAAUGAAAACGUUAGAUCCUAAAACCGUUCGAAACAUAACGUUUCAAGAUUUUAAAAAUUCAUUGAAAAGAAUUCGACCUUCUCUAUCAAAUUCUAGCUUAUCUGCAUACGAAAAAUGGAAUUCGCAAUAUGGCGACGUGAGCUUAUAA